AUGGCCUAUUAUGGGUAUCAGUACAAGCAGCAGUGUUAUGUUCCAGGUGGAGUGAAGUAUGCCACACCAGUCUUCACGCAGUGCCACAACCCCAGUGCGGUGAAGUGCGUGCCGUGUACGCCAUGUGCUUCCAGAGGCGCCAAGCUGUGCGCUGUGAGGAAGACCAUGCAGAGCAGCCCCAAGUGCUCCACACCAUGUUCAUCACAGUGUGUUGAGACACACGUUGUGCAAGGCCACUCUUCCUGUCACCCCAGGUCUCCUGACCCAUGCACCGUGGUGGUCCCUCAGCCCCACGUGCAGGUCAGGGAACACCUCUGCGUGCCACAUUGUGGACAGCCAGGCAUUACAGGAUGUCCUGAGAUAUGUGCUCCAGCUCACAUGUACCAACACAGUUCGUAUCCUUGUUCAUACCAGUGGUCCAACAGCUACCACUACAACUGCGGGCAGCGAUAA